CUGUCCACUCGUUACAUUUCUUGUAAUCUAAUGUUCAGUGUCAGAGACAAGUAAAGUUAGAAGUUUUUGUAUGUUAACGAGUGCGCACGCACAUUAAGGGGCACAUAAAAUAUUAUUUGAAUAUAAGUCAAAGUCAGUGUUUUUAGUUAUUUCUCGGGGAAAGAGACAAAGUGAAGUGUUUGCGAAAAAGCUUUGAGAUUUGUUUUGGUUUCGAGUUAAAAUCAUCCCUCUUUCUUUGCCUCGACGGGCUGUGAUCGUUUGGUUCGUCACAACAACAAUUCGCGUCGUCUGGCUGCAGGUGACCGUGGCUCAAACGACAACAACAACAAAAAUUGCAGAUUUGUUUCUUAUGUGGGCAAUUGGUGUGCCUUUGACUCUAACAGCAACAGCAGCAGCUUUGGUGGUAAUUUCUUCUGUGUGGCCAGAGACGGGAGUUUUGGAAUACCACAUCAUCAGGGUGCCAGGGAACAUUUGGUUCCAUUGGGCUAUUCCUAAGAAGAGGUUGCUCCGUUUACUUUCAAUUAAAAAACUUUCUACUAUUGCGAUUGCCCUUGGCGAAGAACGAACCCGCUCCGAAUUAAUUCCAUUUUUAACCGAAACUAUUUAUGAUGAAGAUGAAGUACUUCUUGCAUUGGCGGACCAACUUGGACAAUUUACAAGUUUGGUUGGAGGGCCUGAAUUCGCCAUGUAUUUAAUACCCCCUUUGGAAAGUUUAGCAACUGUAGAAGAAGCUGUGGUUCGAGACAAAGCUGUAGAGUCGCUGUGCAAAGUUGCCACGGAACAUAACGACCAAGAUCUUGAAAUUCAUUUUGUUCCCACCUUGCAACGAUUGGCCAGCGGAGAUUGGUUUACUUCACGUACUUCGGCCUGUGGAUUGUUUUCUAUUUGUUAUCAACGAGUUUCUCAGACUCUUAAAGCAAAAUUACGUGAUAAUUUUCAUACAUUGUGCAAUGAUGAGACUCCAAUGGUGCGUCGAGCUGCAGUUAGCAAGCUUGGAGAGUUCGCAGAAGUUGUGGAAAUUGAAUAUCUGAGAUCAGAGUUUAUUACCAACUUAAUUCAAUUAGCACAAGACGAUCAGGAUUCGGUACGCCUUUUAGCCAUAGACGCAUGCGCUCGAAUUGCGAACAUUUUACCGCAAGAAGACGUUGAAUUUCUCGUUUUACCAACAUUACGUCAAUGUCCACGCGAUUCUUCGUGGCGUGUUCGAUAUAUGAUGGCCGAAAAUUUGGUUAACUUGCAAAAGGCAGUAGGUCCUAAAAUAACUCAAAUAGAUUUGAUACCAGCUUUACACCAUUUACUUAAGGAUUCAGAAGCGGAGGUUAGAGCUGCAGCUGCUUCCAAAGUUAUGGAUUUUUGUUUAAAUCUUGACAAAAUUGAUCAAGUGCACGUAAUAAUGGCAUCGAUUAUACCAUAUAUCCGCGAGUUGGUAACUGAUACAAACCCCCAUGUAAAAUCAACAAUAGCGUCUGUUUUAACUGGGCUUGGUUCUAUAAUCGGGUCAUACAAUACUGUAGAACAUCUAUUACCAUUAUUCCUUAAACAGUUGAAGGACGACUGCCCUGAAGUACGAUUGAAUAUAAUAUCCAAUUUAAGCCGCAUUAAUGAUGUUAUAGGCAUUCAACUUCUUUCGCAAUCGUUGCUCCCUGCUAUUAUGGAACUAGCAGAAGAUUCGAAAUGGCGCGUAAGGUUAGCCAUUAUUGAAUACAUGCCUUCUAUAGCAAGUCAAUUGGGACAAGAGUUCUUUGAACAAAAACUGCAAGGUAUUUGCGUUGGGUGGUUGGACGAUCAAGUAUACGCCAUAAGGGAAGCAGCUACUUUAAACAUGAAAAAGUUGGUGGAGCAGUUUGGAGCCCAAUGGGCUGAAAGAGCAGUUAUUCCAAUGAUUUUGGCACUGUCGCGAAAUAAGAAUUAUUUGCAUAGAAUGACAUGCCUAUUUUGUUUGAAUAUAUUGGCUGAAAUAUGUGGAACUGACAUCACCACCAAGUUGUUUUUGCCAACUGUACAACUUUUGGCCUCAGACCCAGUUUCAAAUGUUCGCUUUAAUGUCGCAAAAACUCUUCAAACAAUAUCACCUAUUCUUGACAGCAGCGUCAUAGAGUCGCAAGUUAGACCAAUAUUGGAUAGUCUAAACGACGAUACGGAUGUUGACGUAAAAGAUUUCGCAUCGACUGCCAUAUCAGCAAUAGCUUUAGAUAUGGAAUUGGACGUUUUUCGCGCCACUGUGCCCCCCGUGCUGGGAAAAAGUUUAGAAGAGGCCAUUAUUGCAAAGUUAGCAACAGCUCCGCCGACUACUGAUACCAAUAAUAACGACUUAUUUCCAGAGACAAUAACAUAUUAUUGAAUGGCCGUAUUCCAAAGAAGAGGAGAACGUACACCACGUUGAGGUGUCCCUCUACUGCCCCAUCUUUUCAGAUUUACAAGCCCUAAGCCUGCCGUAAUGCAUAUUUUAAAUUAAUGACAGAAAAAGUAGUUUUUUUGAUGAUCGCCCAACCGUUGAGAAUAUCCCCCACCUCGCCGCUCCAAAAAGGGGUCCCCAAAUGAUGUGGACUGGCUUGUAGAUGUGCCCAUAUCCCUGGCAGAAUCGUGAUAUGCAUGCUCAUUCUCGUACUUCAGCCCACUUUGCCCCUUUACUCCUAUAACACCAACUUUGCACCCCGGUAACUGGGUUGGAUGUUGGUUUGACCGCCCUUUAAUACUAAGUUUAAGGUGAAUUGUAAUUUUUAUAACGAACCGCUCCGCUGCGCCUUCUUUUACUUUAUAUGGAACAAAAUUUUUCUUGGAAUAUUUAUUUUCGACAAUUAAAGAGCUUUUAGUGAAAUACCAUGCUACGAAAAUAGUAUAUCGCUUGACUAAUAGUUAAACAAUAAAAGUGUCAUUAUCUGAA